UUAUGCUGUUAGACUUUAUAUCUCCUCUCUUCAAUUUCUCUCUGAGGAUUGAUCGAUCAUGCCUUGCGACGAUGAUUGAAAAAGAAGAUGUCAACCAUUGUGUCGCGACGAUUCUCGCAAUUGGCACCGCUACUCCAGAGGAAUUCGUGCUGCAGAGCGAGUACCCGGAUUUCUUCUUCCGGAUCACAGAGUCAGAGAAUCUGGUGGAGCUCAAGGAGAAAUUCAAGAGGAUCUGUGACAAGUCGGGAAUCCAGAAGCGCCACCUCCAUCUCACCGAAUCGAUCCUCGCGGGAAAUCCAGAGCUUUGCAAAGAUAGCAGCGAGACAUCCUCUCUUCUGGCCAGGCAAUCCAUCGCCAAUGCCGAAGUGGCCGCAUUAGGCGCCCGGGCCGCCAAGAAAGCUCUCCAGGAAGGUGGACAUUCCGCGGCGGAAAUCACCCACCUGAUCGUGGCCACAUCCAACGGCAUCCGCAUGCCCGGCCCUGACCUGGCCAUCGCCAAGAUUCUGGGCCUCCGCCACGACGUCCGUCGAUUGAUGCUCAAUCAGGUAGGCUGUUACGCCGGCGGAACCGCUCUCAGAAUCGCCAAGGAGAUGGCGGAGAGCGGCGGAAUCUCGACACGUGUCCUCAUCGUGUGCAGCGAAGUUGGGGCCUUCACAUUCCGGCCGCCCAACGAGAAGCAUCCCGACAGGCUUGUUGGCUCCGCCAUCGUGGGUGACGGCGCCGCUUCACUCGUGGUGGGCUGCCGGGAUCCCAAGCUCAAUUCCAGCCCCGGGCAGCUCCUCGAGCUCCAUUGGGCCGGCCAGUUCUUCGUCCCAGACAGUGAGGACGAUCUCACCGCUACCCUAAGCGAGCAGGGAUUGAUCUACUUUCUCUCCAAGCACGUCCCAGCCCUAAUCUCCAGUAGCGUCUGCGAAUUGCUGCCCAGCGCGCUCGCGGCAUCCUCCAAGACGAGGGAUUUGGCUCCGAAUGAUCUCUUCUGGGCGAUCCAUCCGGGAGGGCGAGCGAUACUGGAUCAAAUCGAAACCAAGCUAGGGCUACGCAGUGACAAGCUCCGCGUGACAAGGGAGACACUGGCAUCGUACGGCAAUAUGUCCAGCCCCACAGUCUUGUUCGUGCUCGAGGAAAUCGUACGGCAGAGCUCGCGUAGCGGCGAAUGGGGCGUGUUGCUCUCCUUUGGCCCGGGGCUCACAAUAGAAAUACAGCUCCUAAGGCGCUGCUAGCCAAAAACUUGAAAUUUUUGGCGCGAAAGCCCUAAUUUGAAUUUUGGGCGCCAAGAAAAAGAUCUGCCCCCAAAUUGCCCGAUUUUUAGGGUUCUUGAGUGAA